GAAAAGACGGCGGGCGGGCGGGAGCCGAGGGACGCGGGCCCGAGUUGGCAGCGCGACUGCCGAGGGCGAGGAAGGUAUUUCUGUGGGAGCGCGGCCGGCCUGCCCGCCCACCGGCCUCCUGCCCGCCCCGCCAGCCUCCCCCGCCCCGCCGCUGGUUGCCGGCUGACAGAGAGAGAGAGAGAAAAAAGAGGCAAAGAAAAACAAAACCUGGAGACACAGAAAAGGGCUCUAGGAAAAAGUUUUGGAUGGGAUUAUGUGGAAACUACCCUGCAAUUCUCUGCUGCCAGAGCAGGCUCAGUGCUGCCUUCUCCCCAGCGGCGCAGCCCGCGCCGGGCGCUGCUGAGAGACGCCCGGGCCUCGGUGCCGCGCCGCCAGUGCCUGCAGUACCGGAGCCCCUCGCCCCGCCGGCCCAAUGCUCCUCCUCGGGCUGCUCCUGCUGACAUCUGCCCUGGCUGGCCGGAGGCAGGGGGCCGCCGCCGAGUCCGACCUCAGCAGCAAGUUCGCCUUCUCCGGCGCCAAGGAGCAGAACGGUGUGCAGGAUCCUCAGCAUGAGAAGAUAAUUACUGUGACUACUAAUGGAAGUAUUCACAGCCCCAAGUUUCCACACACAUACCCACGCAAUACUGUUUUAGUGUGGAGAUUAGUAGCAGUAGAUGAAAAUGUAUGGAUACAGCUUACUUUUGAUGAAAGAUUUGGGCUUGAGGACCCAGAAGAUGACAUUUGCAAGUAUGACUUUGUAGAAGUUGAAGAGCCUAGUGAUGGCACUGUUUUAGGGCGCUGGUGUGGUUCCAGUAGUGUGCCAAGCAGACAGAUCUCCAAAGGAAACCAGAUCAGAAUAAGAUUUGUGUCUGAUGAAUAUUUUCCUUCUGAACCUGGAUUCUGCAUCCAUUAUACACUUCUUAUGCCACACCACACAGAAGCACCAAGUCCAUCAUUGCUCCCCCCAUCAGCUUUACCGCUGGAUGUAUUAAACAAUGCCGUUGCUGGAUUUAGCACUGUGGAAGAACUCAUCCGGUACCUUGAACCAGAUCGCUGGCAAUUGGAUUUGGAAGAUUUGUACAGACCAACGUGGCAACUUCUUGGAAAGGCAUAUAUUCAUGGGAGGAAAUCAAGAGUGGUCGAUCUCAACCUCCUCAAGGAGGAGGUGCGGCUCUAUAGUUGUACUCCUCGCAACUUCUCCGUGUCACUGAGGGAGGAGCUGAAGCGAACUGACACCAUCUUCUGGCCAUUGUGUCUUCUGGUCAAACGCUGUGGUGGAAACUGUGCCUGUUGUCAUCAGAGUUGCAAUGAGUGCCAAUGCGUACCAACAAAAGUCACCAAAAAAUAUCAUGAGGUUCUUCAGCUGAAGCCGAGGAUUGGCGUCCGAGGAUUGCAUAAAUCAUUGACAGAUGUACCCUUGGAACACCAUGAGGAGUGUGACUGUGUGUGCAAAGGGAAUACUGAAGGAUAAAAAAUAUUUAAUUGUGCUGUUUUCUUUCAAAGCACAUUCAAUCAAUGGCUGAUUCUAUUAUGGGGCUUGUGCAUUAUCUCCUUCUGUAAUCUCAGUUGUUUGCUUUGGGGAUCUUCCGUCUUCAAGAUUCACAGUGAGCUCUAAAAAGAGGAGAAGGCAAACUGGGAUUAUAUGUUGUGUGACAGCUCUGUUUGGAGGCCCAGUGAAAGGAUGGGAGAAAGGCAUCAAUGAGGGAUUUAAAACACGUGUAUUGUUUUUUCCCCUACAGUUUUAUUGACAAUACAUGGAUCUAUAAUUUAGGAGUAAAAAUAAAGUUAGAAGGCUCACUUCAUGGAGACUUGAUCCUGCUGGCUGUCGCAUUUCUACAGCUCCAGUACAUCUGGCCUCUGGUUGAAAACACCUGAAAUCUUCCUUUCUGUGUUCAACUACUCCUAGGUACUCUAAAUUGAAGCAUUCUUUGUUGUACAAACUUGGGGUAAAAGAGACUGUCUUGUUCCGAAUCAAACUUAAUUUCUCUAAUGCUGGUAGGAAGGACUGGAUUUUUCCAUAUGCUCUAGUAAAGCUCCUGCCUUUUAGAAAGAAGACUGGACAAUAACGUGAGCUAAGGAAGCAAAUAUUGAAAAGAACAGCGCCUUUUUUCUUACUACUACGGCUGAUGAUUUUUUGUUUGUUUGUUUGUUAUUUUUUAUCGUGUACAUUUUUAUACUCUCCUUUUGACAAUAUAACUAUUUGCUUUUCUAAACUUGUUAAAUAUAUCUAUUUUUACCAAAGGUAUUUAAUAUUCUUUUUUUUUUAUUACAAUCUAGAUCAACUAUUUUUUAGCUUUGUGAGACUUUAAAGCCAGAUUUAUACAGCUGGAGUAACAGAGGUGUGGUUACAAUGGGAAAGGAGCAUGAUGAUUUCUUUGCAGUUUGUUGCUACACAGUGAAAAAAUAGUUUUUUACCUGGAUGCACAGUAAAAAUAAAGAGAGAUGUGUGGAUGAAGCUCUAAGCUUGCUAGCUUCAUGGCACUGAAAAUAUGAGAGAUGGACAUCACUGUAAGUGGUUUCAGAAGCUGACUCUAAAAAUUCCCUCUCUCCAUUCUGGCCUUUGUUCUGGUAGAAAAGAAAUGACCCUAGAUAGAUGCAUUCUGGUUUGUUUAACUCUUUAAUUUCUUUAAAGUAGGAUGAUCUACAAUGUAAGAAAAGCAGCCCAGUGGCUUGCAGCCUUCAUGAUGCAUCAAGGUCAUGGGAAGGCAGCCUUGUUAAUGUUGAAGUGUAUGGUUUUCCAUUGAAGGUUACAGCUGUUCAAGAACUGUGUGCUCACAGGAUCGUUACACUCUUCAGUACAGUUUGAUGAACUAUGGUUUCAUUCUUCUGUACGCUAUAUUCAUUAACCAAUACACUUAUCCCACCCUAUGCAAAUUGAAAAGGAAAAGUAAAAGUAUUUUGCUUGUAAAAUGCUUUAACAUUAUGCCUAGUUUAUUUUUUUGACUAUUGGAUUUGCAGAUUGUAAUGAAUCACCAAAUAAAGUAAUAAUGCUAAUUUUGGGAGAAUAAAUGUUUCUGUGUGGUUGCAUACUUAUAUCUUUCCAACAUACAAUAACAGGAAAAGUUAAAGAGGGUGAUUUUCUACUUAGCAUUUUGAAUGUCAGUUACGAAAACAAGUCUUCUGUUACCAAGACUUCCACUUGCUUUAUUAAUUCUGCUUUGCUGUAAAUCCACAAGAAGGGUCAAACAAGAAUGUGAUGUUAUUUGUAUAAACAUACAAAAUGUUUUAAAUUGUGUGCAUGUGAAGCCAUUAAAUUGAAAUAACACCUUC